CUUCAUCCACGAAGGUAGACAUUUCAAAUCAAACUUAGAAGUGGAAAAUUACUUUCGUAUUUGAAUUUUGAAUCCAGGGGAAGCAGUAAUCCGCAUUUUCGCUAUCUAGUCUACCGACGAACGGCCGACGGCGAUGGACGUUGAAGCUGUCAUUGCUGUAUCUGCAAGUGUGGCCACGCCGGCGGCGAUUAAGAGCAGCUCCAUCUGAUACUGCAAGAGUAUCGCCAUGGAAAUCAGAUGGACAAGCACACCCAGAAGCAACUCUCAGAACCGCACAAUGACCGCGCUCAAUUCUAUUUCUCCCAUGGAAACAAGCGUUCCUCUCUACAUCUCCGCAAACCCAUCUCACGUCCAGCCUCAACAGCUACGCCGGCUCUUCGCCCUCUGUAACCACUCCUGCCACCGCUUUCCCAAGUUAAUUCAGCGAAAUUCAGAAUAUGGAGAGGCAGCGGCAGCGGCAGCGGCAGCGCGUAGGUUUUGGCCGAGCUGUUUCGGAUUCGGGAUUGACUGCAUCUAUCUAUGAUGUGGUGAGUCUUGGAACUUGGCCAGCAGUACCUUUGCUGAGUUGCUGAAAAGAUUUUGAUAAGAGUUAAAGGGGUGGGGGUUCUCCUUUGUGUUGAUUUCAGAAUAUUGACCAGCAGAGGCAUCUAUGACAUUGGAGCCCUUUGCUCAGCCAAUGAAAGGAUGUUCUUCAGAGCUUGUGGGUUUGGAGACGAUAUUUUGGGAUCUACCACAACGAUGUACACGAGAACUGUUUCAGCCUGUGAUGAUGGUGGUGGUGGUGAUUGUCAGGAUCAAAUGGCUAAACUUGUAGGUAGGAAGCUUUUGCUAAUUCCACCUCUCAAAGAGUCACCUCCUCUUAAGGUAACUGUUGGAGAAUCUGCAGAAGACUGAGCUUAUAUAGUUUAACUCCACAGCCAUUUGGAUAGAUUGUAGACUGCAACAGAGAUCCCAGUCCCAGGUCAUACAUAGAUUGUUGUACUCUUGAGUCUUGUCUAGUCUAUUAAGUCCAGACCAAUAUAUAUUUACUCCUGUUCGCCAUGGGGGUACUGUUGAAAUCUUGACUUUAAGCUUCAGCCUUACUGCCUUAUCCAUCUACAAACUAAUUUAAUCCUUUACAGUGUCACAACAUAGGGUUUCGUGUCACUUACAUAUUCGGUAUUCUAUUCUCCCUUUGCUUGUUUAGUGCACUUACGAAUCGACAGCUACAAACGGGUAAGGCUUUUUGUCAUUGAAAGUGGUUUUGGCAUAAGAAUUUCACUUUUCUCUUUCACAAAGUAAAGUAGUCCUACAAGGAUACAGGGUUACAGAUAAUGGCAUUGGUCUUCCCUUUUCCUUUCCGCUUGAACCCACUGUGUGAAAAGUAGAGCCAAUCGAUCUCAGGUAGAAAAGUAAAGCCAAAAGUUUGCUUCUUUUGAUAAACAUCUCUGUGUUUUCUUCCUCUACGAUCCUGCAAUGGGUGGCAAGAUCUGGGUAGAAGUGAGCCUCAUCUCUGCUCGAGGCGUUAGGCGUUCUUCCUCUCUCUGGAGGAGGCAGUGGUUUGCUGUUGGUUGGAUUGAUCCCAAUAACAAGUACUGCACCAACGUUGCAAAAGAUGGCUCCGGAAAUGCAAACCCCACUUGGAAGACCAAGUUUGCUACUUUGCUGGAUGAUACGAAUUUCCAGGACAUGGCACUGACUGUUGAAGUCUACAGUCGAGAGCCCAUUUUCCUCAGGGAAAGCCUUGAAGGGACCGCAACCAUCCUCCUGAAAGAGUUUCUGGCAAAGUACAGCAGCAAGAAGAACUCCUCUUCCUCCUCCGGGUCUGAAGAAGUUGGGAGCUACCAGCUGCGGAAACGAAACUCUAACAAACCUCAGGGUUUUGUUGAUGUUUCGAUCCGUGUCUCCGAGGAAAGAGAAGAACCCAGUUCAUACCUGGCUACAGGUGGUGAUGAAGGAAUUAUACCUAUAGGUCAUGGCAAUAAUCCUGAGCUUGGGGUCUAUCCAAGGGAGCUGUCACCUUUAGGCCCUUCCUGGCAACCUCAACAUCGUCCAGGCACCAAUGGAGGAGGAGGUCCACCGACAGAUCAUGGAAAGCGUACAGGGCAAAUGGCCUACCCAAGGGACGAGCCGCCUUUAGCCCCAUUCAGGCAGCCGCAAUAUGCAUCGUCGAACUCUGAGUAUACUCAUCAUGUACCUUACCCUGCUGCGAACCAUCCUAUCACCUCUAAUGGAGGACUUAGCUACCCACCAUCAGUUCAUAGGACGGCGACUCCUCCCCCGCCGCCUCCUCCAGCUAAUGUUGGUUACAUACCAACCUUUCUUCCAAACUCAGAGUACAUAAACAUGCCGGCAUCUGCAGCACCAACUAGAGGAGGGGCAGCAAGACCGUCGGCUGCUGGUGUAGCCAUGGGAGCUGGAGUUGGAGGAGCUCUUGCUGCUGGUGCUGUGAUCUUCGGAGAUGAUUUCAUGUCGGGAUUUAGCAUCCCAUCAAGCUUACCAGAUCCUAGUCUUACAAUAUCUAUGGAUCCUACUUUCUGACAACAAUAAUUCGUUGCUGAAUGCUCAUUUUAUCGUGUAAUGAAGUGUACAAGAUGGUUUCAUCUCUUUCUCUUGGUCCCCCACAUUGUCCAUGAGUUACAUUUUCCUUACCUAAGUAAAUCAGUUGCAGCAUGGUGCUAUUACAGACAACCUAAUGAUGCCUGCAGAAGAGAGAGAGAGACAGAGCGCAUGAAUUCUAGUGAGACGUUUGCAGAGAUGGCUCCUUCAUAUCACCAAAAGCCAUUGGGAGAAACUUCUCGAUAACAGUCACAAACUCUU